AUGGCCUCAAAAGCAGCAGCCGCGACGGUGGACUUCGCCCGCAUGUACACGUCGCUCGGUCUCGGAAAGGAGACCGUCGCCGCCCUCCAGGCGUUCCGCAAACGGCACGGCGACGCCCAGCGCAUCCAGGCGCAGCUCGCGGGCCAGCCCACGACCGUCGAUCUGGAGCACUACCGCUCAGUCCUCCGCAACAAGACCGUCGUCGACGAGGCCGAGAAGAUCCUUCGGGAGUUCAAGCCCGUCACGUACGACGUGAGCGCGCACGUCAAGGCGAUUGAGACGUUCGAGACCAAGGCGGUUGCGAAGGCGAAGGAGACUUCGGACAAAAUCGACGCGGAGCUCAAGGCCCUCCAGGCGACCCUUGCCAACAUUGAGGAGGCCCGUCCCUUCGAGGAGCUCACGGCGGAGGAAGUCGGCGAAGCACACCCACGUAUUCGCGAGGCUGUCGAGACGAUGGUGAAGAAGGGCAAGUGGACCGUGCCUGGCUACAAGGAGACGUUCGGCAACCUCUCUCUUAUGUAA